AGAUCUCAAGCCCAGCUGCUUUUAACCCUAGCCGAGAUCCUGCUCUCCAGAGCACACAGCUGUGGAAGGAUAAGAGGAGCAGCCUGGGUGGACCACGCAUUGAUACACCAUCCAGGAAACUGACACGUGUUGUGUGCCUGAUUGAGGAACCCUCUGUAAGGACCUCCAGGGUUAGGGUUAGGGUCUGUGUCACCUGUCACUUCCCAACCCGUGCCGAUUAAGGACGUAGGCAGUAAGCACCGGGGUAGCCUGGCUGUCCCACCAGCCUUUCCAGUUUCUUCCUCGCACCCUGGGCUCCUUGGUGCAUGGCUGUCCUGUUCAACCGCCUCAGCGGCAGCACUGAAGUGUACUGACCCAAGUCGGCUCCAUGCGCCUCCGUCCACAACCGGGCCCCCUCGGCAUGGAGCCUUUCUUCCGGAAGCGGCUCACUUUCUUGUCCUUUUUCUGGGAUAAGAUCUGGCCAGCGGGUGACCCGGAUGAAGACAUCCCCCGGAUCCAGGGACUCGACGACAAUCCCGUGCUAGAGCAGCCCGCUGCCGUUGAGCCUUGCAGCUUUCCCGCCCCACGCGCCCGACUCUUCCGCGCGCUCUACGACUUCACUGCUCGGUGUGCAGAGGAACUGAGCGUCAGCCGCGGGGACAGACUCUUCGCCCUCAAGGAGGAGGGAGACUACAUCUUUGCCCAAAGGCUCUCUGGGCCGCCCAGUACCGGACUGGUUCCAGUCACCUACCUUGCCAAGGCCACCCCUGAGACACCCUCGGACCAACCCUGGUACUUCAGUGGGAUCAGCAGAACUCAGGCCCAGCAGCUGCUCUUGUCUCCUGCCAAUGCACCGGGGGCCUUUCUCAUCCGGCCCAGCGAAAGCAGCAUCGGGGGAUAUUCCCUGUCAGUCCGGGCCCCAACCAAAGUCUGCCACUACCGCAUCUGCAUGGCACCCAGUGGCAGCCUCUACCUUCAGGAGGGCCGGCUCUUCCCCAGCCUGGACGCAUUGCUUGAUUACUACAAGACCAACUGGAAGCUGAUCCAGAACCCUCUGUUGCAGCCCUGCGUACCCCAGAUGCCCCUGGCUCAGGACGAGUGGGAACGGCCACGAUCAGAAUUUGUCCUUCGGAGAAAACUCGGUGAAGGCUUCUUCGGGGAGGUGUGGGAAGGCCUGUGGCUGGGCUCUAUGCCUGUGGCGGUGAAGGUUAUCAAAUCAGCUGACAUGAAACUGGCAGACCUCACCAAGGAGAUUGAGGCGCUGAAGAGCUUGAGGCAUGAGCGACUGAUCCGGCUACACGCCAUAUGCUCCCUGGGUGAACCCGUGUACAUUGUUACUGAACUCAUGGGCAAGGGCAACCUGCAGGUCUACCUGGGCAGCCCUGAGGGAAAGGCCCUGAACCUGCCUCAUCUACUGGGGUUUGCCUGCCAGGUAGCUGAGGGCAUGAGCUACCUGGAGGAACGACGUGUUGUGCACCGGGACUUGGCUGCCAGGAACGUGCUCGUGGGUGAUGACCUCACCUGCAAGGUAGCUGAUUUUGGCCUGGCCAGGCUGCUCAAGGAUGAUGUCUACUCCCCAAGCAGUGGCUCCAAGAUCCCUGUCAAGUGGACAGCACCUGAGGCAGCUAAUUACCGUGUCUUCUCCCAAAAGUCAGAUGUCUGGUCCUUCGGUAUCUUGCUGUAUGAGGUCUUCACUUAUGGCCAGUGUCCCUAUGAAGGAAUGACCAACCAUGAGACACUACAGCAGAUCAGCCGUGGAUACCGCCUGCCACGCCCAGCUGCCUGCCCAGCAGAGGUCUAUGUGCUUAUGGUGGAGUGCUGGAAGGGCAGCCCCGAGGAGCGUCCCACCUUCGCCACGCUGAGGGAGAAGCUGAACACAAUAUACAGGCGGCUCCAUCUGAGCCUCACGUGACCAAGUCUCCAGCCCCCACAGGCAGCAGUUCUGGCAACUGCUUCCUGAAGGGUGUCUCCCAAGGGAACGCUCAUCACUAACACACACGGGAAAUGCUAAACACCUGGGAAUGGCAACAGCGUGCGAGAACCAAACACUGGGGCUCCUUCACUGACAAAGGCUGGUACUUACAUGUACACACCAGAUGGAUGCAUGCAGACGGGGCCUGGUCAUGAGUACUCACUUAGAAGUGAGGGCUGAUGUCCUCCUCCUGGCAUAGUUUGAAUCCCUGGUUUUUCCAAAGUGUUGAUAAAGCAUCAAGGAAGAGCUAUAGGAAAGUGCUGGACAAAGGAAUUCCAGCAAAGCCAGCCAUUUCCUGCCUGCCCUCACCUCACUCUGGGCUCCUCAGCUCCCUCCUAAGAUCAGGGAUGAGAAGCCCAAUUUCUCUCAAGUUUUACUGCGGAUUUGAUGGAAUAUCCGGUGCAAGGGUUCCCAAGCAAAUCUCAGCCGUACGAGCUGGGUACUCAGAGGAGACAGUAGCAUCACCUGCCCAUGCCCACUGCCCCACAGGUAUGGGCAAACCUUAGGCACACAGAGUCAGCUUCAAUAAACGUGUUCCAAAUGGAUUCACAUAGCAGUUCCCAGAAUGGAGUGCUGGAGACUCUAAAAGAUGGGAGGAAGAGUUGAACCAUACCCAGAACCAAGGCAGCAUUACAGUGUGGACCCCCGUGAUAUUAACGGUGAAGAUUGCCUGAGCCAAGUGAACAGACCUUUCCAGCUCCCUGGCCUGGGGUUGAAGUCAGAAGGCUCCUCAGUUUCAGAAAGGGCAGGCUGGUGGUUUGGUGGUCAGAACUCCUAGGCCUUUUCCAGAUGCAGAAGGAUGGAGAUAUAGGUAGGGGUCUGACAACCAGACAACCUACUUUCUGGGGCAAAGCCCCUGUGGGUCACUUUUGUGUCUGAGCGUGACACCUGGAGAAGUUGGGUCCUGGGUCACUCAACGCUUUAACCAGGAGCAGUACACUGGGGAUUAGGAGCCUUUGCUCAGGGACCCAAGGCCAUUUCACUCCCCCAGCGGCUGUAUCCUGAAGGCUGUAAGGCAGAAGGCCUGGCAGUCCCUAGAGGAUAUGGAAUUUGGGGCCAGCUUUGCACCCACUGAGGCCAAUUUGUUCAUGAUCACCAACCAUAUUUGUGGGUUGGGUAGCAGGGAACUGGGAGCUGAACUUCACGUGUGGCGUAUUAAGUUACAGCAAAGAGUUUGGGGCUUAGCCAGUCAUGGGCUUUCUCAUGGGGGAAGCAGGGCUGAAUGAGAGGGACUGAGGGCAUGGAAUGCACCAUAGAUGGAGGUGGUGAGAACCCAGUCAACCUGGCUGCAGGUUCAGAACUGGAUGGUCCUAGGAGCUGUGGAGUCCAGGCCGACAGAGUGUGCUGAUGUUGGUCUCUGUAGGUGGAAGGGGCAGUUUGGAUUGGACUGAGGCUUGGCCCUGACUCUGCCUUAACCUGCAGCUCUGAUCUCUGGAGGGGAAGAAUCUGGAACUGGCAGUUGGCUUCGGGGGGAGAGGGGCUCCCUGCUUUGCCAGCACACAGAGCAGCAGUGUGGGUCCAAGGGCUUGCAUGGUAUAAGAUGGUAACAUUCUGAUGUUAAGAGGCUACCAUGAGUCAAACCAGGAGGACACUACAGACAGGAUGGCACAGCCUGGGGAGAAAGAUGGCACUGGGAUUGUGGCCAAGCCACGGAAGCAGGUUUGGCUGGGUCUUGGCACAUUCCUGUGUGUUUAGUCAACCAAAGAUGAACAGGUUUGGCCCUCCUUGGAGAGGCCAAGGACUUUUGAGCUACCCGAUGUAUCUUCCAUCGAGCUGCCCACAGGUCUCAUCUAGGGGCACUUAGCUGUCUGGGACAUCGAGGGCUCUGGAGCAGACAAGGGAGGCAACCAUGGAGUUCCUGAGGCUGACCUCGGCCUGUACCAUUCUUAUUC